CAUUAAGGGAAAAAGAUGGGGCUGUCUUUCACCAAGCUUUUCAGUCGUCUGUUUGCUAAGAAGGAGAUGCGUAUACUCAUGGUGGGUCUUGAUGCUGCUGGUAAGACCACCAUUCUUUAUAAGCUCAAGCUGGGAGAGAUUGUCACCACCAUUCCUACCAUUGGAUUUAAUGUGGAGACUGUGGAAUAUAAGAACAUCAGCUUCACCGUCUGGGAUGUUGGUGGUCAGGACAAGAUCCGUCCUUUGUGGAGACAUUACUUCCAAAACACCCAAGGAUUUAUAUUUGUGGUCGAUAGCAACGACCGAGACCGUGUAGUUGAAGCUAGGGAUGAGCUGCACAGAAUGUUAAAUGAGGAUGAGUUGAGGGAUGCAGUGCUGCUAGUGUUUGUAAACAAGCAAGAUCUCCCUAAUGCCAUGAAUACUGCUGAGAUAACUGAUAAGCUUGGCCUUCACUCCCUCCGUCAACGUCACUGGUAUAUCCAGAGCACAUGUGCCACUUCUGGUGAAGGGCUCUAUGAGGGACUUGACUUGCUCACGAACAAUAUUGCCAAUAAGGCAUAGAUGGCUUGAUUCUGA